AUGUCUGGUUGUGGUUCAUGGCUAAAUCGACGGUGUUGCUGUCGUCGUCAAUCACAAGGAACUUAUAUCUAUUUAUAUAGUCCACCAAUGGGUAGUUCAUCAUCAUUAUUUCAUUGUCUUACUUGUAUUCUAUGUGGAUUUUGUCUUGCUUUUAUUCUUAUUCUAACAGCAAUUAUUAUCUAUAAUAUGAAUAAUACAAAUAUAAUUUUAACAUCAAAAUCAAAUCCUGAUCAACAUAUAUAUCCAAUUGCAAAAAAACGACAAUUACAAGAUUUUGUUAAUAUUAAUAUAGAUCCAUGUGAAAAUUUUUAUGAUUUUGUUUGUGAUAAAUGGACACAAGAAAAGAAAGUCGAUAUUUAUAAUGACGAAGAAGAAUAUCAACAAAAAUGGACUCGUAUUCGACAUAAAAUACACGAUAAAUUAAUGAUUAACAUGAGUAAUAAUCAACCAAAAUCAAGUGAAAAUAAUUUUUCAUCGACAGCUUUAUCUGUUUCGACAUUAUAUCAGUUAUGUGAAACACAAUCACCUUCUUUAUUACUUGAUGAACUUGAACGUUAUUUUGCUCUAUUUAUUCAACAAGAACCAUAUAGAUCAUAUUCAACACUUUUUAAUCAAACAACUGUACUCCACUCAAAAUCCAUACCAAUAACUUUCGAUUAUAAUCCAUUUUUUAAAUUAAUUCAUUCAUCAUCUAAUAAUACUGAUUACUCAUUUUCAACUAUACUUCGAAUUAAUCGUCGACCAUUACCAUCACCGUUGGUUAUACUCCCUAAUUUAGCUGUAUUAAAUCAAACAGCACUUUCUAAUCUUAUUAAAUUUGAUAAUGAUUAUACAAAAUUUUUAAAACAAGCAAACAAUAGUAUCAAGUUGUAUGAACAAGAAUACAAUCAAAAUUCAUUAAUUAUCAAACGUAUAUUAUUAUAUCCAAAUUAUCAUCUAUGUAUUUCAUCAUUAAAUGAGACAAAUGGUUUUAAAAAAUUAAUUCAAUUAUUAAAUUAUUUUCUUCGAUAUCGUUUACGUAAAUUUAAUACAAAAUUAAUGGAUAAACAAAUUCGUAUAUUAGAAAAAAUUACUAAUAAUGAUACACGUGUUGAACAUUUACGACGUAUUCAAUCCGAAUUUAAAGUACUUGAAAAUAUAAUACCAUUAGAAAAUCAAUCUAUUGAUGAUAAUAGUUCAUGUAUACUUAAUUUACUUGAUAAAUUACUUGAUAAAAGAAUGAAAAUCUAUGAAUUAUCACCAGAUAUUAACUUCUAUUCACCAAAUCGAACAAUAAAAUAUUUUACAUCCAAUGAUUGGCCUUAUUUAAUUAUGUUAUAUAAUCAUUUAUUAAAAACAACACCAGCGGAUACAUUAACUAAUUUUGUUUUUUUCGAUUAUUAUCGACAUUUAAUUUAUCCAUAUUAUCAACCACAUAUUCAUCGUUCUAUAGAUUUUGAUAUAAAUUAUCGAAAUGAAUCUUAUGAAAAUCUAUAUGAAACAUAUUAUCCCAAUAUAUCAUGUCCUAUUAACAGUUGUUUUGAUAUAUUAAAUUGUUAUCAUUCAUCAUUACUUAUCCAAUCACUAGCCGAAAAUAAUCAGAUUUCUCUUUCAUCAAUACAAACAAUUGUUGAAAAUUUAAUAACUCAUUUUCGUUUAAUAAUCGAACAAUCUGAUCAUUUAUAUAUAAAAGAAAAACAAUUACUUAUUAAUGAAUUAAAUCAAAUAAAAAUUUUUAUUGGUCAUUAUGAAUCUUCAACAGUCUAUUCUCUUCCUGAUAUUCAAUCAACUUCAUAUCUUAAAUAUGCUCAAUUAUUUUCAUCGAUAUCAUAUGAUCAAUAUGAUUAUUCAUUUUCAAUUGAACCUAUUUAUAAUACAAUAAAUCAUACACUUUUACUUCCAUAUGGUUUUAUUUAUUUAUCAAAUCAUUCAAUUGAAUAUCCAUUAACGAGAUUUUUCUUAAAAAUUCUUUUUCAAACUAUUCGAUCAAAUCCAUUUUCAAUUGAAUGUUUAAUAAAAUCAUUUGAUGAUUUUAAUUCAACAAUAACGGAUAUUAGUGAUGAACAUAUAACAUAUUUAUUAUUUCGUUCAAAAUUUUUAUUUGAAAAUAAUAUUAUUUUUGAUGAAUAUUUAUGGCCAUUCAUGAGUGCAAAUUCAUUAAUAAAACGUUUUCUUAUUGAUUAUACAGCAAAUAAUUAUUGUCAAAGUUUAAAUGAUUAUCAUUUAUUUCUUAAUAAUACAUAUUUAAAUGAUGAUGUUUAUUUAGUAUUUCAUUGUCAACAAGCUAGUUCUAUUAGACAAUCGAAAUGUAGUGUUAUAUGA